CCGCGUGGCCGGCCACUAACCUCUGCCCUGCCGCCGCGAGGGAGCGCGGGAAAUCCCGAGUGCUGCUGGAAUCCCGCGGGCCGGUGGGACCAUGGCCACUUCUUCGGUGUCCAAGGGUUGUUUUGUGUUUAAGCCAAACUUCAAGAAGAGAAAGAUCUCUGUGCCAGUAGAGGACUAUUUUAAUAAAGGGAAAAAUGAGUCUGAGGACAGUAAGCUUCGAUUCGAAACUUAUCAGUUGAUAUGGCAGCAGAUGAAAUCUGAAACUGAGCAACUACAAGAAGAAUUAAAUAAAAACCUAUUCAAUAGUCUAAUUGAAUUUCUGCAACAGUCUUAUUCUGGAUUCCAUAAGAAUUCAAGAGACUGGGGCUGUCAAAUAAAACUCAGAGAAAUUCCAACUGCUGCUCUUAUUCUAGGUGUGAAUGUAACUGAUCAUGAUUUAACAUUCAGAAGUCUAACAGAAGCCCUUCAGAAUAAUGUCACUCCAUAUGUAGUCUCAUUGCAAGCUAAAGAUUGUCCAGAUAUGAAACAUUUUUUGCAGAAGCUGGUCUCAAAGUUGAUGAACUGCUGUGUAGAUGAGGAAUCCAAAGAGGAAAGUAUUCAGGUCACCCAGAAAAAGACAUUUUGUUCAAUGGAUUCUCUUUCCAGCUGGUAUAUGAGUGUCACACAGAAGACAGAUCCAAAACUGCCAAGGAAAAAGAGGACUUCGUCUAGCCAAUGGCAGUCUCCUCCUGUUGUGCUUAUCUUAAAGGAUUUGGAAAGCUUCACCACAAAAGUACUCCAGGACUUCAUAAUUAUCAGCAGUCAACAUCUACAUGAAUUUCCACUAAUACUCAUUUUUGGAAUUGCCACGUCUCCUAUUAUCAUCCAUCGGUUGCUUCCUCAUGCAGUAUCAUCUCUGUUGUGCAUAGAACUUUUCCAGUCUCUGUCCUGCAAGGAGCACCUGACUACGGUACUUGAUAAGCUACUUCUUACAACUCAGUUUCCCUUUAAACUAAGUGAAAAAGUGCUACAGAUUUUGACCAACAUCUUUUUGUAUCAUGAUUUCUCAAUUCAAAACUUUAUAAAAGGACUUCAGCUUUCUCUAUUAGAACAUUUCUACUCUCAGCCCCUCAGUGUCCUAUGCUGUAAUCUCUCGGAAGCCAAGAGAAGAAUAAAUUUUUUAUCAGAAAAUCAAUGUGAAAACAUCCGACGUCUUCCAUCAUUUAGGAGGCACGUGGAAAAGCAAGCUUCAGAAAAGCAAGUUGCACUAUUGACCAAUGAGAGAUUUUUGAAGGAGGAAAUACAAUCAUUACUAGAAAACUUACAUGUUUACCAUACAAAUUACUUCCUGGUUUUGAGAUGUCUUCAUCAGUUCACCUCUUCUCUUCCCAAGUACCCAUUGGGUCGACAGAUCAGAGAGCUGUACUGCACUUGUUUAGAAAAGAACAUAUGGGAUUCAGAGGAGUAUGCAUCAGCUUUGCAGCUGCUGAGGAUGUUGGCAAAGGAUGAACUGAUGACCAUACUUCAGAAAUGUUUCAAGGUUUUUAAGUCCUCUUCUGAAAAGCAGCUUGGGAGCACAGCAAAGAGAAUAGAGGAGUUUCUGGCCCAGUUUCAGAGUCUUGAUGCAGAAGCCAAAGAAGAAGAAGAUACUUCAGGGCUACAGUCAAAGGGGCUUCAGAAGACAGACCUUUAUCAUCUUCAGAAGUCCUUAUUGGAAAUGAAGGAAUUAAGAAGAACCAGUAAGAAGCAGACCAGGUUUGAAGCACUCAGAGAAAAAGUUGUCAACUUCAUUGACAGUCUGGUGAGAGAAUACCUUCUGCCUCCAGAGACACAGCCUCUGCAUGAGGUGAUGUACUUCAGUGCCGCCCACACCCUGCGUGCGCACCUGAACGCUGCUCCCAGAAUCGCCCUCCACACUGCACUCAACAAUCCUUAUUAUUAUCUCAAGAAUGAAGCACUGAAAAGUGAAGAAGGCUGCAUUCCAAAUGUCGCCCCGGACAUCUGCAUAGCAUAUAAACUGCACCUCGAGUGUAGCAGGCUAAUCAACCUUGUGGACUGGUCAGAGGCUUUUGCAACAGUUGUGACAGCUGCUGAAAAAAUGGAUGCAAAUUCUAUAACCUCAGAAGAAAGGAAUGAAAUUAUCCACCUCCAGUGCUCGAUUUAUUAGAGCUGUUUCCGAACUAGAACUUUUAGGAUUUAUAAAACCCACCAAACAGAAGACUGAUCAUGUGGCAAGGCUAACAUGGGGAGGCUGCUAGAAAGCAAAAAGGACACCAGUCAUAUUUAUAAACCACCAUGAGACUGUUGGCGAGAAAUGUAUAAUCCUUGUGUGAUGCUUCACCACAAAUAGACUGCUCACCCCAAACAGGAACAUAUCAAAAUACCUUUGGAGUACUUUAGAAUCCAACAAAUGAUAUGCUUACAUUUUAACUAAAACCUCUCGCAUAUUAUCACUGCAGUUUUCAGUCAUUUCUAAAUUAUAAAUGUUCUUGAGCACACAUAGUUUAUAAAUGUAAUAAAUUCCUUUAUCCAGGAGUAUAAA